AAAAGUUUUGCCCAAGCACACUGAGAGAAGCCCUCUGCCUGUCUUAGUACUAGAAUAUGUUGUGUUUGUUCUUUCUCUAAUACACACCUUGCGUGUCUGCCAAGUACGCUGUACGGGUGGCGGUAGAGGCUGCGCAGAGCUAUUCCUAAUGCCCGCUUGCCCUGCAUUUUUGGCCAAGUCCUUGCAAGUUUAGUGCCCCAGGGCCGGGAUAUUUUCUCGCAGUGCAGCAGCAAACACAACAGGAAGGGCAGCGCCCUUCCGAUUUCAUUGCUGCACAUUCGCCGACUGCAACUGCAAUCGAAAUGAGUGCGAAGGUCGCUGUCGACCAGGCCCAGAAGCCCAGAAGCCCAAAAGCCCGUUAGUGAAGUGGCAGCAACUCGGUUUUCGACUUGAAUAAUUCAUGCCCAAAAUGGCAGGCAACGAAUGCGCACCGUGCCAAAAAUUGGGCAGAACAGUUGCGAGUUUGUAACCCAUCUGCGAUAAGGGCGAUAGCCGAAUCAUUUCGUAGCUUUCCCGGGAAAACUUUAAAGGCAACCGCCAACCGCCUGCUAAUGAAAAUAAAGCGCUUGCCCAUUAUUUAACCGCGCAUUAAGUGCAGUUGACGUUGCCGGCGGCGUUGGCUAAUUGAAGAGCGCCAGCUGCAGCGAACGUGGGCUAUCUUGACCCCUUAACACCCCAACGCCCCCUGAUUAACCGCCUGCCCAGGGGUGUUCAUCCUUACGGAGCCCCUGCCCCCCUGGUUAGGUGCUGCUGCUGCACAAGCUCAUUAAGACUGCUAAUUUUCCUGGGGAAAGUCGAGAAAGCGUGCGAAGUACGUUCCGCUGACUGCGGAGCUUCCGUUUGUAUGGGUUAUUGAUUUUGAAAUUAUUGCUUAAUUGGAAACCUUGUCGGGCCUGAUAGUUACUAUGAUUUCCUGUAAUCAGUUUUUAAAUGGUUAAACAUUUUUAAAGGGGGCUCCUAAAGGCCAUAUAUACUAUAUGUUCCCUCUAAAGUUGCAUAUUUUUCCCUAAACAUUUUCAAUAUAUUUGAAAUGACUUUGUGCAUGCACUUAGCGUAUUGCCCUUUAUUAGAAGCAAACAUUUGCAUUCUCGUAAUAGCUGCAUGUAAUCGCCACUGAACUUAUCUGGCGGAAACAAAAAGCAGCUCGAGAGCUUGACCAUGACACAUUCAGCGGGCUAAGAGCCGAGUGCGAAAAUUGAAAAACUCAAGUGUUCAUCCGGAAAAUUGACAAAGGGAACGGGUGACACUUGACAAAAAUUGUUGAAGUAUUUUCAAGUGCCACGAAAAGGCUUACAAAAUAUUAUUUUAGUUUGCUGAAAAAGAUUUUGGUAUUGGACUAUGCAAAGUGCUCCGGUUGCCUGGCGAGUUAUCGAGAAAACCAAAAAAACGCUGGCGAGUAUCUGUAGAGUCGCGCACUCCCAUCCUCCAUGCUCCAUUCCCAUCGCAACCCUCGAGCGGUUCGCAUCCGCGGCAAGAUCGUUGCAAUAAUGUCCGGACGCCGUCGGCUUUAUGUAAUGCCCUCCCUUGCAGCCAAACUGGAGGCGGAGGCCAUCAAGGACAACCGCCAGCUGCUGGAGUUCCGGGUGCGGAGCAGGGACAUCGACUGGCGCCUCUACGUCCAGCCCCUGAACACCAAGAUUCGGUCGGGAGCGGUGUACUUGGAGCGCCAGGCGGACUUCGUGGGCAGCCGCCGGCGACCGGUGACCGAGGAGAAUCGCAGGGAACUGCUCGUCUGCCACGACAUGAUGGGCAACUACCUCGAGGAUCGGCACUUCCACAGCUCGGAAAAGUACGACGACUACCGAUUCGUGCACUGGUCAGCCGUGGAUUACUUCUGUUACUUCAGCCACGAGUACGUGACCAUUCCGCCCAGCGGCUGGCUGAACGCCGCCCAUCGGCACGGCGUUCCCGUGCUGGGCACGUUCAUCGUGGAGGCUCCGGGACUCCUCGACGAGGUCCUGGCCACCGAGGAGAGCGUUUCGAGGACCGUGCAGGCCCUGACCCGCCUCUGCCAGCACUUCGGCUUCGAGGGAUGGCUGGUCAACGUGGAGGUGACCGUCCCCCAGCGCAAUGUGCCCAAUCUCUACCGCUUUGUCCGGGAACUGACCGCCGCCACGGAGGCACGUGUGCCCCACGGACGUGUCUUUUGGUACGACAGCGUUCUGGAGAGCGGCGAACUGCUGUGGCAAAACGAGCUGAACCCGCGCAACGUGGAGUUCUUCCGGCGCAGCCACGGAACCCUGAUAAACUACGCCUGGAACGAGGGCCACCUGGAGCGGAGUGCCGAGCAGGCCAAUAGGGAGCAGUCGCCGCGGCACCGCGUCUUCAUGGGAUUGGAUGUCUUUGGGCGGAGUCGCAAAGGCGGCUUCCACAGCCUGGAGACCAUGGAGCACAUAGCCAACAAUGGCUUCUCGGCGGGCAUCUUUGCGCCGGGCUGGGCCUUUGAGACCCUCAGUCGUUUUGGGUACAACAUCAAAAGCCCGCGCGGCGAUGAGCAAGUGAACUCUGCCUUCCUGGCCAGAAACGAGGCGUGGUGGGCUCGCAUUUGGCCCACCUUGGCCACCCAUCCGUACAGCUCGCUUCCGUUCUUCACGGACUUCUGCGUGGGCUCGGGACGAGCGAGCUACGAGCGGGGAUUCAGGAUCGCUGACCGGGAACAGCCCUUCUUCAACCUGGCGCGGCAGUCGCUGCAGCCCUCGGUGCCGCUGGACAAGAAUGCAGUGCAUCAUUUCGACGAGGCCUUCUCGGGCGGCUGCUCCCUGCUGGUAACCAACUACGAGCGGGCCUUCCGCCUCUUUGUCACGGACUUCGAGCUGACCCGUGGCGUCCUGCUCCUGGGCUAUGCCUAUAAACUCAAUGGCGAUGACGGGGCCACCAAUUUUGAUUUGCUGGCGCGCGUGACUGCGCUGACCAGGAACGAUGCGGAGCUCUAUGUGUUCUGCGGGGAAUAUGGCGGCUCAAUUGUGGCUCCGCAACGCUGCUAUCUCUCACCCACACCCGCCGAUGGCGUGCUGCCCCGCAUCCACCCCAAAAUGCCGCCGGACACCAGAUCCCUGGCGACGGGUUGGCAGGUGCGUUACUACCUGGUCAAGUUCGACGGACCCGUCAGGGUGCAGGACAUUGGCGUGAAGUGCCAGCGGCCAGCGGAAUCGAGGACGGAGGCUCAGCUGGGCGCCCUUUUUGUGGAGGCUCUGCCGCUGGAGGGACUGACGGACGCGCGGACUGACAUCCCAGUGUACGGCAGGAACAUGUGGGAUGAGCUGCGGGCCUGAAGGCCCAGUUGGUGUAAUAACUACACAAAUCUAUUACCUACUAUGUAACUGUGUUCACAAUAAACGAAUAACAAAACUGGAAA